CACUCGAAUAGUUCACUCAUUCCAACACAUUAUUCAUUUUACUUUUUACAUUCUACUCAUUGAACCAUGGAACAGAAACCAAAGUCAGCUCUUGGCAGGGCUCUUUCGCGCUUCGGCCGUAAAUCAGCGCAACAUCCACCUGCUGCUAGUGCAGUCGCGCCAGAGCCCACCGCUCCUGCACCUGAGGCUGCUCCCAAUUCGAAGCAUAUCGCAAUCGACACCCGCGCUACCAACGAACCCAAGCCUACUUCAGCCCUUCCCCAACCUGCUAUUGAUACCAGCGGUACUGGGGCACCAGUUAUCGGAGAUGAGCACAACCAUGUAAGCGAGCCGACAGGUCCUUCAACGCCUUAUACUACUUCUCCCAACAGCCCUAUCAUACCUGCUGCAGAGCCAACAGACUCGAAGCCAACUAUAUCGGCUCCUUCGGCAGGUAGACAUGAUAAGUCUGCCACUGUUGAUCCCCUUCGCAAUUCCACACCGCAGCCACGCGAAGGUACCAUUUCACCUAACAACAGUACACAAGGUGGGCUCUCAGGCACAGAAGGUGCCAAUAACCAAGAGAAUGGUCUCAACCCUGCCAAUAUUCUACUGAACCGUCUUGAGGCCUAUCAUUUAAUUAUCAAGAGCCUACAGCAAUACUUUAUGGAGAUUGCAACAGUUGAAAGUGCAGGGUCUAAAGCUAUGCACAAAGCUUCUACUGUAGUCACAGUACCUUUUAAAGACGGCAAUCAGUUUCUGGGAAGGGGAGGCUUACAGGAUGUCUUUGUAGGCAUUCGAGACUCCGCCAAACUGAGGGGUGACCAACAUGCUAAUGCGGCGAGCUUUGUAGAGGAGACAAUUGUGAAGAAUUUUCGACGAUUGAAACAAGAUGUCAAGAACCAGAUAAGGUUACUCAAGUCUGAUGCGAAUCUGCAUGAGACCAAAGUUUUUAAGGAAAGAGAAAUUACGCAAGAGAAGAUUACUGCUCUUGCUAAGGCUAUUGGGUUGCUGGAGAAAGGUGGAGGGCCUCUGCCUGAAACGGAGAAGGUGCAUUCUGAUCCAUAUGUCAUUAACCUUGCAUUGCGCCACCAGCUCACAAAACAAGUCCAUGAGGAGAACUUGUUUGCUCGAGCAUUUCGACAGUGUCAAGAACGGAUUAUGAUGUUUGAGAAACAGCUUAUCAAUGAGGUCAAACAGACCCUAAACGCUUUUGCCCAGUUUCAGGCUGGAAACAACGUCGGUGCUAACUUCUCUCAAUCCUGGGCGCCUACAGCGAGCGCAUUGAAUGCGCUACAAGAGGACAGUGAAUGGAAGCACUUCUUUGAGCUGCAUGGCCACGAGCUCUUCCCUUUGGAGCUAGUGGAUGCAAAUCCAGAAGAGCUGGAAUAUCCAUGCAAAGAUAGCCAAUGUUUGGUUCCAAUCAAAGCAGCUUAUAUGAGUCGAAUGUCUUCAGUUCUCAAGAACUGGAAAGACGGAUACUUUGUACUUACACAGGCUGGCUGGUUGCAUGUCUUCCCUUCGGCGGACCUUCUCCAUACAUAUAAUCCCGAGAAGUCCAUUUAUAUCCCGACUGCUGUUCUGGGUCCACACAGUGAUCCGGAACAAAGACAACACGUGUUCACAAUUGAUGGAAAGGGAACAGGCCUUCUUCAUAGAGACGCCCAGUCAUUCACCAUUCGUGCUAACUCUCGAGAAGAGAUGCUCGAGUGGUGGAGUGAAAUCUCCAAGCGCGCACACUCAACCACGUUCACUCAUGCAGGCGAUGGUCGCCUAGAAGGAAACCUUUCUCGCAGCGGAUCGGUAACGCGAGGUUCCACUGUAAACCCAGCUGCAUCCACACAACAACAGCAACCGACCACGCAACAGCAGCCCGUGCAUCAGCAGCAGCCCGUGCACCAGCAACAAUCCUUGCCUCCGACUGCUCCUCAGGGUGAUACUGCUGCUACCACCAAUGCUCCUCUUGCCGGCGCUGGUAUCAACAGUAGUGUCAUGCCUCCUACACAUGAGCCUGCGAUUGCUGCUAAUAACGAAGCAAAUGUAGCUCCUCCGCAUACCGCUCCUGCUACUAUGCAGCCUGGCCAGUCCGCUCAAGAGCCAAUUAAUGCGCCAACUAAUAAUGGGGCAACCAUGGCUCCUGCGAACCUCCCUCCAACCGCAACCCAGCCUAUUCAACAGCAAACCCAACCAACUCAACCAGCUGAAUUGAACCGUCGAAACACAGGUUCAACAAGCUCGCUUCGUACGGAAGAGCUUCCCGUGCUCCCAGUUCAAUAAACAGAGAGAUAUUUGUUGCUUUUUAAUAUC